UCUCUUUUUUUGACUUUAAAGCCGUCGGUUGCUUUUUCUCCUCCGCACAGAAGUCGCGCUCGGGCAGCCUGCGCGCACUCAGCAGGAACCAGGCUCCAGGCGCCGGCGCCGGGGCCGCGGGGAGGAGGCGACUUCGCUCCCUGCGGCGGGCGCGGCCCGGGCGCCCGAGCCUCCUCGGCCUUGGAGAGCAGGGGCGGCGGCGGCACCCCGGGCGCGGCAAUACGGAACACUGCGCAGCUUGCAGAGGUCUCCUGGCCGCCCUCCUUAGGAACCCUGUCUGGCCCCGAUCAGAAUACUGGAGACGAGACCACAAGAUUGAUGAGUUUGCCUUGGGAGUCGGUGAGAAGGUGAAACCAGGGGCGAACAUGGGUCAGAAGGUCACUGGAGGGAUCAAGACUGUGGACAUGAGGGACCCCACGUACCGGCCCCUGAAGCAGGAGCUCCAGGGUCUGGAUUACUGCAAGCCCACCCGGCUGGAUCUGCUACUGGACAUGCCCCCCGUGUCCUACGAUGUCCAGCUGCUGCAUUCGUGGAACAACAACGACCGGUCGCUCAACGUCUUCGUGAAGGAGGAUGACAAGCUCAUCUUCCACCGGCAUCCGGUGGCCCAGAGCACGGACGCUAUCAGGGGCAAAGUCGGGUACACCCGUGGGCUACAUGUGUGGCAGAUCACGUGGGCCAUGAGACAGCGGGGCACACACGCCGUGGUGGGGGUGGCGACGGCAGACGCCCCCCUGCACUCUGUCGGGUACACAACCCUCGUGGGGAAUAACCACGAGUCCUGGGGCUGGGACUUGGGGCGCAACCGGCUCUACCACGAUGGCAAGAACCAGCCGAGCAAAACGUACCCAGCCUUUCUGGAACCAGAUGAGACAUUCAUUGUCCCUGACUCCUUCCUGGUAGCCCUGGACAUGGAUGACGGGACGCUGAGCUUCAUUGUGGAUGGACAGUACAUGGGAGUGGCUUUUCGGGGACUCAAGGGCAAAAAACUGUAUCCUGUAGUGAGUGCCGUCUGGGGCCACUGUGAGAUCCGAAUGCGCUACUUGAACGGACUCGAUCCCGAGCCGCUGCCGCUCAUGGAUUUGUGCCGUCGCUCGGUGCGCCUGGCCCUGGGGAAGGAGCGCCUGGGGGAGAUCCACACGCUGCCGCUGCCGGCUUCCCUCAAGGCCUACCUCCUCUACCAGUGAUGUUCGCCAUCGGACCGCUAGCGCGACAGCCACCUGGUGCCAACUCACUGAGCCGCCCGCCGCUGGGGCCGCCGCACCCUGCGCCUUGGACCGGCAUCCAUAGCCAUGGACAGAGGUCCCUGGUAUUCCCUCAUCCUCCGUGGCUGCCUCCAUGGGACAAGGACCAAUUCCAACACAGGCUCCUCUUUCCCACUUCCCGACAUCAGCAGAAGGCAGCAUCCCUGCAUGCCAUCCAUAUACAACCCCUCUUUGAAAAAAGACACAGAGAAUAAACUCCUACGAAAGCCCUACGUUGAGCUCCAAUCUGCUCUCGGGGUGGGGCGGGUACUCCCCACAUCUCCGGGAGAAGGCUGCAGCCACCUGGGGGUCCCAGGGUGGUGGGGUGGCAGGUGGUACCACAGCUCUGAGAGCAGAUACCAGGGGUACUAAGAGGUGCUUAGACAAGGGCUGGUGCCCGGCCAAGGGUGCCCAGCCCAGUGGGGCCAUGCCACGGCAGAUAAAGCUCAGGACGUCAAAAACUCACCAUGGACACCAAGGCAGAAACCAAGAACUGUCCGCAGGCAAAUAAGCACCCAGCAUCCAUCCCGGCUGCCGGUGCCCCGUACCCUGUAUUUAUUCUUUUAACAAUAACGAAAGCCAUUUAUUUAUUCCAUCUAGAAAGGAAACCUUGUUUCAGUCCCCUCUCUGGCUGUUCUGUUACUUUCCUCCCACCUGUGCCCUCCCUGGGAUGCGUAUGCCUCGCCCGCCCUCCCUGGGCACAUGUGCACACGUGCCCAGGCACAAGUAUGUCUUUGGGUCCCUUGCCCUGCAGUUUCCAGGGGGCUCUGCUCCAAGUUCCCUAGCUGGCCCCUCAGGGAGAAAUAGCCUCACGUGCAAUCUGGGUGUCUUCGGGGGCCCGUCUGGAAGGGCUGCGGCAAUUCCCCUGUGUCUCCAGGUAGCCGGUUAACUCUUGGGCUCAGGCGUCCUUACACAUGGUUGCAUUUCUUUAGUCUUCUGUGGGUCUUUUGGUGUGGGUUUGAUUUUGCUUUUGCUUUUCUACCUGAGAUUUCCCAAGUGCAUCCUCAGAAGCUCUGGGUGUGCCAGAGGACCCCCAGAACUAAGAAGGGAGGGCGAGUGGGUCUCCAUUCCCUGAGAAGCCAGGGGCAGGGCGGGAUGGGGAAGAACAGGAGCAGAGUCGAGCCUCACAGAAGCCAGCGCGGGUCUCUGCUCAGCACCCCAGCCGGGGCUCCGGACCCAGGGUAAGAGCCCCGGUUCAUCCCAACCCCUCAGAGCCUCAAGAGGGAUAGCUCGGCUGCCGGAAGAGAGGGGUGCCCUAUCCCUGGCAACCCCUCCGCGUAGCAUACCCCAGCACCUGCCAUCGCCUUUGCCAUUUCUUUGAGCUUGAAGUUAACUCUCUUAGAGUCUAACUUUGGUUCAUUUCUGCACAGGUACAAUAGAUGACUUUAUUUGUUUAAAAUGUUUAAUAUAUAUACAUACAUAUAUAUAUUUGUAAGAAUUAUGUUUUAAACAGCUGCUGUAGAGUACCUUUUUUUAAGUAAAUCUUCCAGUGGAGUAUAUUUUUUAAAGCACAAAAUUGGUGCCAAGACUGGGUGAGAAAUCUACAUUACCCCCUUAUUAUUUUGAGGGUUUUUUUUUUUUUUUUCGGGGCAGGGGACCUUACCUGUAAGACUUUUAAAGAUUUUCCUCCCUCCUGUUUCAGGUGGGUCGCAUUCUGAUGAAUGUUUCCCUUGUACAGAUCCCAGCUUAUGGCCUUGACCCAGCCGUCCUCACGGAUGCCGGGUGACCCUCUAGCUCUCUCUGCAUCUCCCACCCCCCGACGCCCUGGGACCCUCAACCCCACCCUUCUUUCCUACCAGCCCAGAGCCUUGUGGCUUGUACAGUUUUGAAACUCCCGUUCUAUUUUAUGAUGGUUGAUAAUAGUCAGUAACCUAAUAAAGGAACGUUUGUUAAAAUAUCAAA